UUUAAUGAGUAAUUCAUCUUUUGAAGCAAUAUUGACAGAUGUUGAAGGAACAACUACUUCCAUUGACUUUGUAAAGAAUGUUCUUUUUCCAUUUUCUUUUGAACAUGCUGGGAAUUUUAUUCAAAAACUUGUAGUUGAAAAACGUGAACCAGAACAUCAAAAAAUACUUGAUGAUUUAAUAAAAACAUCAAAUGAACAUGCAAAGGAAAGCUCUGAAGUUUUAGUAAUUCAAUCAAACGAUAAAUCAGAAACUCAGAUUCCCAAACUUACUUCCAAUGUUUUAUUAUGGAUAAAACAGGAUAGAAAGUAUACAGCUUUAAAAAAUUUGCAAGGACUUAUUUGGGAAGAUGGCUACAAAAAUGGAUUAAUCAAGGCACAUGUUUAUCCUGAUGUGCCUAUUGCUUUUAAACGUUUGAAUGAAGCCGGAAUUAAUGUACAUAUUUUCUCUUCUGGCUCAAUUAAGGCCCAAAAAUUACUUUAUUCACACACCGAAUAUGGAAAUUUAGAAAAGUUCAUAUCAUCUCAUUUUGACACAACUAUUGGUCCUAAAUUCGAGAAGGAAAGUUAUCAACGCAUAGUAGAACAGAUUGGAAUUGCUCCAAAUAAAAUACUUUUUCUUACUGACAUUGAAAAAGAAGCUUACGCGGCAAAAGCGGCUGGUCUUCAAGUUCGUUUAGCUUUACGUCCAGGAAAUGCUGCUCUUAGUGAAAGUGCACUUAAAGAAUUUACAACAUUUUCUAGUUUUGAAGAAAUUAUCUAA